AUGAGGACACCAGAGCAUCGCCCGUGCCCCCGGUGCCCGCGGCUCUCGGGCUCCACGUGCUCCGGGCAGCGGCUCCGUGAGAGCCUCCGAGCACCGCCGGGAGCAGCGGAGAGCGGGCACCGAGAGGGGCACGGCGGGAACCGGGGCUGGACCCCGAGAGAGGCAGAGAACGAACCGGACCCGGAGAUGGGACGGAGCCAGACCCCGAGAGCGGCGGGACGGGAACCGGACCCCGAAAGGGGCAGGGCAAGAACCGGGGCCCGAGAGGAACAGGGCAAGAACCGGACCCAGAGAGGCGCAGGACGGAACCGGGGCCGGACGGGAGCCGGACCCAGAGAGGCGCAGGACGGGAACCGGACCUCGAGAGCGACAGGGCGGGAACCGGGGCCGGACCCCGAGAAGGGCAGGACGGGAACCGGGCACCAAGAGCUCUCCGAGAGAGGAGAUCAGAAACCGACCCCCGAGAGCGGCGGGGCAGGAGCCGAAUCCCGCGGCGAGCGACCCCGAGGGAGGCAGCCCCGGCCCGGGAACCAUCCCCGGCAACAGCCCCGGGAAGCAUCCCCGGAGCAAUCCCCGGGAACCAUCCCCAGGGGCAGCCCCGGGCCAGGAACCACCCCCGCGGCGGAAGGAGCGGUCACCCCGCGGACACCCCGGGAUCCCCCCGGUGUCCCCGGGAGUCCUCACCGCGUCUCUGCCCGUGCACCGGGCCGGGAUGGCACCGAGGUGACACCGAGGCGACACCGAGGCGACACCGGGGUGACACCGGGGUGGCCUCGAUGUCCCCCCCGAGCUGCCCCAGCCCCAUCGGCCCCGCUCCACCUUAACCGGAGCGGCCGCUCCGCUCUGCCCGGGCGGCUCCGGCGGAGCUCGGGGGCGUUUAUCUCACCCGGGAUCAGCCAAUAUUUGUGGCCACGUCAGGAGGAGAACGAGCCCGGUGCUCCCGGCUCACUCCAGUUCCACCCCCCUGCUCCCGUUCUGCUGCUCGGACGCUGCUCGGGGUCCGUCCCGUUGUCACCUCCCGCCACCGGCAUGCCGCUGCCCGUGGUUCUCCUUCUCCUGAGCCUCCCACGGCUGGCGGCCGCCAAGGGCGGGCGGUGCCCGGUCUGCGGGGCGGCCUCGCUGGCCCCCGGGGCUCAGCGGGACGCGCUCCUGGCUCUGGCCAAGCAGAGCAUCCUGGCCAAGCUCCGCUUACCGGGCAGACCGGGCGCGCCGCGGCCGCCGUCCCGGGGCUCGCUGCUCACCGCGCUCCGCACGGUGCUGCGGGACGGGGCUGCCACCGCCGCCGCCACCCCCGGGAUGCUCCAGGACGGAUCCGCCACCCCCGGGGCGCUCGGGACGGGGCUGCAGGAGUUCGAGCUGCUGAGUUUUGCUGAGUCAGGUUCCUCCACUUCCCGCAGCGUCCGCCUCCAUUUCCGCUUCUCCCCGGAGGUGGCCAGGAGCGCUGAGGUCCAGGAGGCCACGCUGUACCUGUUCUGGACAUCCCCUGGGCCCCACCCUGUCACCGUCAGGCUCCUCCAGCCAGACCCAGCAGGGCCAAACCUGACGGUGACCAGCGAGGCCCGGCUGGAGGUGCAGGCACCCGGCUGGACCACGCUGGACGUGGCGGCGGCCGUGCAGAGCCUCUUCACCCGGGACACCCCACGGCUCACAGUGCACCUGGAGCUGCCAGAGCACUGGGGAUCCCCUCUGCCGUCCCACCAGGGCCAUUCCCACCGGCCCUUCGUGGUGGCCAAAGCUCGUUCCAGGGCUCCCCACCGCGUGCGGCGGCGCGGCGUCGAUUGCGGGGCCGACUCGCGGAUGUGCUGCCGCCGGGAGUUCUUCGUGGACUUCAAGGAGAUCGGCUGGGAGGAUUGGAUCAUCCAGCCCGAGGGGUACCACAUGAAUUACUGCUCGGGGCUGUGCCCGCUGCACAUGGCCGGCAUCCCCGGCCUGGCCGCCUCCUUCCACACCGCCGUCCUCAGCCGCAUCAAGGCGGCGAGCGCGGCGGCGGCCGUGGGUUCGUGCUGCGUGCCCACCCAGCGCCGCCCGCUCUCGCUGCUCUACUACGACCGCGACGGCAACAUCGUCAAGACCGACAUCCCCGACAUGAUCGUGGAGUCCUGCGGCUGCACCUGA